GACGAGAAAGGGUGUGUCGAAGGCAGUGUUAAUCAGGAUCCUACUUAAUCAGGGGAGCCUCAUGAUUGAGUAGGACAUACAGGAAGCUGGUGGAGAGGGAAGAAGAAGAAGAAGCAACAGAGGAAGCAUGGCUGCUGACAUGAGAUUACCAACUAUUCAAAAACCAGUGUCUUUAUCAGUUUCUGCUUUUGACCGAAAAGAUCUGGUCGUCCCCGGCGAUGUUAUCACAUCAGACACCGGCUUCAUGAGGGGUCAUGGUACCUAUGUUGAUGAAGAAAAGCUGACGGCUUCAGUUGCUGGAGAGGUGCAGAGAGUAGACAAGCUGAUCUGUGUCAGACCACUCAAGACCAGGUUUAACGGUGAGGUUGGAGAUGUGGUGGUUGGCAGAAUCACAGAGGUGCAACAGAAACGGUGGAAGGUGGAGACCAACUCCCGGCUGGAUUCUGUCCUCUUGUUGUCUUCUGUCAAUCUGCCUGGUGGAGAGCUGAGGAGACGGUCAGCAGAAGAUGAGCUCACCAUGAGAGAAUACCUUCAGGAGGGCGAUCUCAUCAGUGCAGAGGUGCAGUCUGUGUUCGCAGAUGGAGCCCUAUCCCUGCACACCCGUAGUUUAAAGUAUGGAAAAUUGGGUCAAGGAGUGCUGGUACAGCUUUCUCCUUCUCUGAUCAAGAGACAGAAAACACAUUUCCACAACCUGCCAUGUGGUGCAUCCAUCAUCCUCGGGAAUAAUGGCUUCGUGUGGUUGUAUCCCACACCGGAACAACAGGAAGUGGAGGCUGGGGGAUUCUACACCAGCCUGGAGCCUGUUAGUCUGUCAGAUCGAGAGGUGAUUUCACGGUUGAGAAACUGCCUACUGGCUUUGGCUGCACACAAGGUCCUUUUGUAUGACACCAGUGUUCUCUAUUGCUACGAAUCUUCAGUUCAACACCAGGUCAAGGACAUCUUGAAGCCAGAAGUGAUGGAGGAGAUUGUGAUGUUGACACAACAGAAGCUGCUUGAACAGGAAGGUUAAAGUGCACAAAUCCUAACUGUGACAUUGUCACAAACACAAGAUCACAUCAAGCAGCUACGUCAGGAAGUGAUCGCCCAUCCGAGGACUGAACUGGCCUUUUUCAAAGAACCCUUCCUUUUGUGACCUUACAGUUGUACAGUUAAACGGCUUCAAAUGUAUUUGAUGUAACAAGACUGCUGACUAUUGUUUGAUGAUUCUGCAGCAUUUAGAAAUCACUAGAGAAGCUGUUCUUACAUUGUACAGAGGUAUAGUGGAACACUUUUGAUAUAUGUGGUUAUAUACAAAAACUGUUGUAUGCAAUACAUUUUCUAUAAAUAUCCAGUACUUGUCAGUGUGGUGUGUUGUGUUGAAUAAUGAAGAAACAGAAAGGAAAAGAUG